ACCCGUUAGCUGGUUAUCUGUCAAAUACUGUCAGCUUGGACACAAAAUCAUUGAUUCAACACCGUUUCGUCUGCUUAUUUUUACACAAGUUUUAUCGAUACAAUAGUAUGGCCGAAUAUUCCCCCCGAAGUUGCGAUCCGUGUCCCCAUUUAGCGCAAUUCGGAUCAAACCCUCCUAAAGCCUCCGAUUUCCUCGCUCAAAACACCGUCCCUGAGCCUCAAGUUCAAUAUCAGCAAAAUACCCCACAGGAAUAUAAUUUGGGCGUGCCCACGGCGUAUCAGAGCCCCAACCUUCACGAGCCCCCCACUAAAGCUUCGAGCAUUGAUUAUGAGCCAAAAGAGUCGAAUUUUUUUAAUAGAGAAGAGGCUCUAAUGAUGCACGAUUUAGGCGGAAUGCCUCCAUGCGCGCGGGCUGCAACAGAGCGAUGCUGUUUAAAUAGAGCCACUGGCCAAGAAGAGAACAAAAUUAGAAUUGACUGUCAAGUUUUCAAUAAGGAAGGUGAUAUAAAGCCAUUAAGGGGAAUUUUGAAAAACUCAACUACAACCCACCCGGCCAGCAAUUGCUGCUGCCCGAAUUCUUCCGCCCUGCCUGCUUUCCAAGUAAUAAAAGCCAAAGAAGAAUAUUCUAUCUUACCAACCACCUCGACGACUACCAAUCAAGGCUACUACCAGCCAGUGGAAGGAGUCAGCGGGACGAAUCCACAGCAGCAAAUAGCGAGAAUGUAUGCAACCGCAGGUCGUCAAGAUCCAGAACAUCCAGAAAACCCGGAGCUGGGAUCCAGAGUUCCAGUCCCAAACGCUCUACGACCCAUUCUUGAGGAAAACCCUGCUUGUUACCUGCCACAACCUGAAGACUUCAUAAUGGCUCAAAAGAUUGCAGAUAUGGGUCCUGUGGGCCCCUGGGCCACAGGAAAAGCUGAUUGGGGCUCCUUGGGAGGUCUGACUGGCACCAGACCAGUGGUGGAUAAAUACUCAAUAACGCGCUAUAGUGAGGGAGAGUGGAGAGCGCACAACAAAGAAAUAUGGGACUAUACCAAAACUGAACAACAUAGAGCUUAUCUCAUUGACUGGAAUGGGAGGCAAUGUCUGGAACAGACCCAGGCCGACGUGGACAGAAACCAAGGGUACAACACCAGGAGACUGAACCAAAGAGAAAUGGGGAUAAUGCGCUGGAAGUGCGAGCUAGAACGAGCCAUAGCUCUAGCCGCAGAGGAAAUUAGCUUCAUGGAAGAACAAAGGCGCCGGCUGAAGCAAGCCGCUGCUGUCCUGCAAAUGCCUGAGUCUAUUGCUGGAGAGUGCUUGGAAAGAAGAACUGGUCGUCUGGAUAGUGAGCUGGUGAGAGACGAGGUGGAAGACGAGUUGAUUAAAGAAGUGGCGCUUUGUUCGGAAAUUAGAAGCAUUUUCUCGCGCACCCUGAAGGAUGUUGAAAUGCAACUACUGGAAGACCACACAGCUAAACAACGAUUGGAGUACGACUGGAGCGAUAAGCGAAUCGCCCACGAACUCGACGCUCUUAACUAUUCGCUAAACACCCGAUCCACCAUUCUGAUGUUCAAGCCUGGUGCAGUCACUUUUCCAGAGAACCAGUCCACUCCAGAGUAUUGGGAACAUUUUACCAAGGAAACCCUGCUGGCUGGGGAAGCGACAAGGCAGCGUUCUGUAGCUCUGCGAGGAACUCUGGAUGCCAUUCUGAUGAACUCAGCCAGAGACUUGAGGACUCAGGCCGAUCGGCUGGAGCUGGCUUUGAACCGCAAAGUCGCCUGCUAUGAGGAAGUAGUGAAGAACCUAGAAAGCGAGCUGAAACAAAUUCUGCUGCAGCUUGCCGACGUCGAAAGUCUGAUAAACGCGCUGAAGGCAGCAAUCAGAAAAAUGGACACGCCGAUAAAGAAGGUCCAGACGCGCUUGGAUAACCGGCUGCAAAGACCGCGGGUGGAAAAUUGCAGAGAUCCGCCACACUUCGGGUUGGUAGAAGAGGUGAAUACCAUUGGGGAUAACGUGACCGUGUUUCAAGCCCAACUGGGCCAAGCGGAAGCGUCCCAGGAGCAGAUGAUCAUCAUUCGCAACGUGCUCGAAAGGGAAAUAAUGCUGAAAAAGAAAACUUUGGAAAUCGAUCGAGAUCAGAUUGGAGCUGUCAGAUCGCACUAUCCAUCGGCAACAGCACUCUCAGGCCACUAAUUCCCAACGCAAUUAUGCAAUCGUUUUCGGUUGAGAUUGUGCGUAAUCUCGGUUUAAAUUUGAUAUUUUUGGCUCACCAAGUACCCGUCACACUAAGUAAACCAACUGCGACAAAUGCGACAAAAUUACACGUUUAUGAUUUAUUAAUUGUAUAAAUUAUAACCAAAUUGCUGUGCCACUUGACUGAAACAAAUCUGCGCCACGUAAAACUAUACAAUGGAUUUAUUACUCUACUGAGUUUAAGAGCAGUUUUAAUUACUUACUGGCUGCUUAUCAAUGAAUGGAUAACGAACCUUUUAAAAAUUUGUAAUAAAGCUGAUUGGUAUUGAA